UUCACCAGCAGCUGUUCAGUAUCGUGCGAUUAGCUGCACUGCAAUGUGUUUAUACUCUGUUUUUUAUUAUUAUUGUUAAAUUGUGACUUUCAUCGAACAGUUAUCAUGAGCUGAUACGAAGAGGCUAUGCUAGUGCUAUACCUUAUGUGAUGGGCAAUGGAAGUGAUUACAUUUAGGAUAGUUGUAUCAUCGGAUUAGUGACCAUUGUCUCCUAAUUAUGUAAAUGUAGUUAUCUGCUAUAUCCAUAUCGAGACUUAAUUGAAGUGUAUAAGAAUAGAUCGGCGGAAAGUGCAGUUGUGGGUGAGCCACGUAGGGAAUAUAAUCGAAUCUCUUCUGUGGGAAACUUUGAUCAUGACCUGGGAUUGUUGGCAAAGGGGUAAACGCGGUAUGACUGUGUCGGUUUUCUUCUUUGGAAGUAUCUGCCUGUCGGUGAUGCUCGCCUAUUUGGUUUUUGGUGAUAGCACCGAUGAUGAAGGUUUCCGUACCUUACGAAUGGUACAGAUCAUGUUUCGCCAUGGAGACCGCUCGCCGACGGAGUUCUACCCCAAUGAUCCACAUCGUAAUCAUCCGUGGACCGGCGGAUUGGGUGCAUUGUCGGAGAAAGGUUCCCAGCAAAUGUACAAUUUAGGAAAAAAUCUUCGUCCUCGCUACUAUCGCCUACUACCACCGAAUGGACUCUACUCCAAGGAUAGCAUGUACGUCGUCAGCAGCUACGCAGAACGUUGCAUAAUGAGUGCUCAAAGCUUCAUGGCUGGAUUUUUACCACCAUUGGAGAAUACGAAUCCGUUGCCCAUCCCAUGGCAACCAGCUGCGAUCAACACGAUUCCUAGGGAUAGAGAUACGAUAAUGGCACAGAAGAAGCCAUGUCCACGAUACGAGCAAUCUCUUCAGCGCCUGAUGGCAUAUCCACCAAAAGACAUUCGUGAUUUGAAUGACAAAAAUGCCGCUCUGUAUAGAACAUUGACACAAUCCACUGGUCAGAACAUAAGCACCAUCUUGGACGUAGAAUUGCUUUACAACACUCUGGAAAUCGAGAAGAAUGCUGGGCUCGAACUUCCCGACUGGACCGAAAACAUCUUUCCGGACAAAAUGCUUCCUCUAGCAGAGCGCAGUUUGGCCCUCUUCACGGAGACGGCCUUGAUGAAGAAGAUUAAAGGUGGUGCCAUCGUCAGCGAAUUGCUGGACAACAUGAUCCGCAAACGAUCGGGAAUUCUCAUGCCGGAACGGUCUAUCUUCAUCUACUCGGCACACGAUGUCACGUUGGUCAAUUUGAUGCGAGCGCUGAACGUGAUUGACAAGACGACAGGAAAACCGGACUUCUCGGCUACGAUCGUUUUCGAGUUGCACCAUAGCAUCACGUUUGACGAUGAUUUCGAAGUGAAGAUUGUAUACUUUUACAACAGUGACGACAAAUACCCGAAGGAGGUCGACAUACCGAAAUGCGGGGAUCCGUGCUCGCUCACCAAAUUCAGUUAUCUAAUGGAAUCGGUCCGCCUGAAGAGCUACGACGAAAUGUGCAUGAUAGUUUGAGUGAAAGCUAGCUUUAAUUCAGGUGGUAUCUUAUUGUUACCAAUAAUAAGUCUAGGUUAUCCCUUGUCCUUGAUUAGACAAUAGAGCAAAUGAUUGGUCGCAGUGGUUUUAUGUCCCGAACUGAGGAAACAAAAAAGUCUAGUUAUUCUAAUUAUUGAUGAUCUGAUGUUUAGGUAGAUCCUAAGCGUUUUAAUUUUCUCCACUGAAAGUUGUUUGUUAGAGUUUUUCGAACAAAGAUAUU